CUUCCUCAUCAAAUCCCCGCCUCAAAUAUUUGUCGCUUUCACGAUCUGCAGCUAUCUACCUUUCCUGCCAUUUUCUAGUUUCUACUCUACGAAGCUUCUCUUUCACGUCUUCUUCAAAUCCCAAAACCUAACCCUAAAUUUCACUUGAAUCUCCCCUCACGAGCACAAAUACAACCAACGUUUACAGAUGGCUACCAAACCACUAACUAGUGAGGCAAUUGCACUAACGGAGAAGAAAAUGGAAAUGACACUAGAUGACAUUAUCAAAAUGUCCAAGAAUAAUUCAAACAAGUCUAAGAGGAAAAGAGUUUCGAAUAGAAGCCAAAAAACUUUUAAUAAUGCUGCUCAAGAUAAAUCUGCAAAGAUUCGGAAGUUCAUGGACACAAGGUCCUCUCUUAGACAGGGGGCUCUUGCUCAGAGGAGAUCAAGUUUUCAGGGAAAUCAGUUUCCUUUGGCAACUGAAGCAGCUAAAAAAGCUGCCACUGCUCCUAUUCGCAGUAGAGCCUUCAGCAGAAACAGGAAUGGCAAUAUGAAUAAAAAGAGGCUUGCUGCUCCACUGGUUCAGAGGAAUGUUGCAAAUGGAGGUGGCUUCAGUGUUAAGCAGCAGCAGCAGCAGGAAAUCAAGUUUAUGUCACAACAAAAGCCUCAGACAUUGGAUUCACUGUUUGCAAAUAUGAAGGAACAAAGGAUGAAGACCUCUCAACAGACAAAUGGUGCAAGAAAAAAUGGACGUAGCCAGCAUCAGGCGCCAUGGAUAAGAGGCCGUUUUGGCAAUUGAUAGAGAUACUAAACUACCGACGGGGAGUGAGAAGGGGGACAGUAGUGUCCUUUACAAGUAGUUCUGAGACUUUGGUUGCCUUGAACAAUGAAUGAUAAUUGUGGCUUGCUGCUUUGUAGUUUCUGGUGACCCCAAUUGAUAUCUUUCCCUUGCAAUGAAUGUAUAGAAUAUACUUACUAUUUUUAUAUCUGUAUUUUAAUUAUCUGUGGAUAAGCCAACUUUCGAUUUGCUAGCAUAGCUUAACUUUUGCC